AUGGAUGAAGAAGCAAUAGAUAGAAUGGUUGAGAAAUCAAUGGAAGGAUUAGAUGCUCAAUUGACAGAAGAUGGUUUUCAAAAACGAUUGACUGCAUCCUAUACCAAUUGGGUAAAGCAACGUGAUACUCUUAGAUCUGUGUUUUUAGAGUUUUGUAACUCUCCUGCUCGUAUACUCUUUCAAGAAUGGUGGGCUAAUCUUUCAGAGGAUAUUAGAAAUGCAUUGGUUUUAACAUCGGUUGAGGAUUUACAAGAGACACCAGCAUAUAACAAGGUGGCAGAUGGUGUAUGUCCAGAAUUAAAAGAUACAGAUUCAAUGAUUAAAGGUGAUAGAUUAAUGAUCUUGUUUAAUCAUUUAAAAAAUUCAAGAGAAAAUGAUCAAGAUGUUUUUAAAGAACAACAAGAAAUGUUUAUAGAAUAUUCAAAGGUGUUGACCAAUCCACAAGAUGCAAUUAAACCAUUACUUACCAUUAGAAGUUGUCUAUUGUUAAAUUUCAUGACCAAUAUAUUGGUUGUAUUUGAAUCAGAGAUCGAUCAAUUAAAUGAUUUAAAUUCAGAUUCCAUUAGAGCAAAUGAAUAA